UAAGUUAGUAAAUGUUUGUGUAUUAACGAAUAUACAGUGUUUUUACUCGAGGCUGAAUAGAAAUUACUUUUACAUUUCAGGACCAAUGACUUAUCACUCCGGGAAAUUUGUUGAUCUUGAUCCUAUGUGCCAAAACAGUGAAUUCUUUGAUUUAGAAGUUCAAAUUGGCCAUAGCAUUAGAGGAAAAAUGGAAGUGGCAGUUAUUCAAGAUUUAUGGCCACGUAUUCCCGAACUUUUUAGAGCACCUAGAUUUAGUUCAUACAUAAAAAGUGCACUAUAUUCUCUGUCUUGGAUGAAAGAAGUUGACGAGAACUCUAAAAUUGUAAAACAGUUAAAGGAGCGAACAAUCGAUUUUUGGGGUAAAAAAGAAGGUAAGCUGUCAAUCAAAUUCACAAUGGAUAGAUAUGUACGAGACAGAACAAAGCAUAAUUUUACGUACGGGGAAAUCAGUGGAACAAUAGGACCAUCACAUUCUUUGGAAUCCCGUCAAUUUCAUCGAUUUACAAGAGUUCUAAAAGGACUUGGCUGUAAUCCUAGACAAGGUGGUAACAUCCGAUACGAAGAAAAUUUUUGUACCGCCUUUUUUCAUGUUAAUUAUGAAAAGAGUUCUGUACUCGUCGAUUUUAGCAACUCUUUUCGAAAGCGCCCAAAUGGAGAUCUUCAUGACGGUAUUUUGAAAAACUUACACGUAAUUGUUCCAACAGAUGUUAUAAAUGAUACAAAUUUUAGUAAAUGCCCAAACGAUUUUACUGAUUUAGGAUCAGUUUUAUACAAAAACAAGAUGUUUCUUUAUAACAUGAACAGUAUUCAAGAGUUUCCACCGAACGGAUUAGAAAUGACAAUUUAUCAUCAGAAAGCAGUUGAACGACUACGCAGUAUACCUUUAUUAGUGGCUCAACUGGAAGGCAAAAAUUGUAUGAAUAUUGUUCUACGUGAAAAUUCUGAUGGAGUGAUCGUUCACAGUCUUACUCACAAUGUUUUGAGAAUGGAUCCAAAUGACACACAUAGUUUUGAAAUUUAUGCUAGUCAAUUUGGAAUGCCAAUCGACGGAUUGAAAAUUUCGAGCUUUCUCCCAUUGAACUGGAUGAAGCGGCCAAGACCUAUGUUAGAUUUUUUCUGUGAUUCAGACAAUCCUGCUAUAAAUGAUCCUGAAGAUGGCGUAACUCUACCAGAACCAACAAGGACUGAUCAAGACGGGCUUAUAUUGUUAAAUAUUAAAGCCAACAAUCCAGGUAUUAAAUUAGGGAAAUAUCGAAAGGAGUGCACCAUCGAUAGUCAAAUUUAUACCGUUUUACUCAAUUACACGUCUAAAAAUAAUACAAGCCAAUGGUGUGAUUUAAUGAUAAACUUAAAUAUUUUUUAUGACUUCCCUGAAGUGAAAGAACCCACUUGGUACGGAAAUGUACGCGAAGUUUUUACUCGUUAUGCUUACCUCUAUCCCGUCAUGAGACCUUUCAUCCAUCUUGAAGAUAUUACGAACGUAUUACAAAGACUUCGACCACUGAAAAUGGCAAUGACGCUGCCUUUAGAGCAUCAUAAUUUUAUGCCUAUAUCCAGAGAUUUAUCGAAAAAAACUACAAAUAUGAUUUUGAGGUGGCUUGAAAACCCAACGAUUGGGAACCCUCCGAAAGUAAGCUUAGAUGACAUCAAAAGGUCUAUACAAACUGCAAUUCGCUUUGAGUUAUCAACAAUCCCGUUAUACAUGACAGCUCUUUUAUCCAUUCGACCGGGAUACAAUAAAGCUGCAAAAAAAACUUUAAAACAUAUAAUGAUACAGGAAAUGGCUCAUACUACUUUGGCUGCCAAUAUUUUAAAUGGUAUAGGUGGUAAACCUAUUUUCAAUGAAGCAAGCGCAGUACCUGUUUUUCCGUCGCCACUACCUAAUAAUCCGGAUAUAGUAAUGGUUCUUGGGCCGUUGUCAAAAAGUAGAAUUGAACAUACUUUCAUGGAAAUUGAAAAACCAGCAGCAACUGUUGAAACCCGUUGCCUGAAAUACCUCUUAAAAGAAAGCAUUCAUGCUGAUGUGCUUACCUAUAAAUGCCCAAUAACAACAAAUCCAAACACAAUAUCUCAGCUAUAUAACAAUAUUCUACAUGGUAUAAUUCAGUUAGAAAAGGAAGCUGAACUAGAAAAUACUACUAUCUUUACAGGGUUAAAAUCUCGACAAGUAAAAGAUGAUGAUUGGUAUUCGGAUGUUGAUGGAAAACCAUUUGCAGUAACUAACUUAAGAACUGCUAAAAGAGCAGUAGCACAAAUUGUGGAAGAGGGAGAGGGUUCCGACGUUUGUAACCCUUUAACAACAAGUAAACAUCUUUCACACUAUUAUCUUUUUUCUCAAAUGGCCAAAGAAAGAGAUUUAAUAAUUCAUUCAAAUGAAACCUGUAUUUCUGAGGGGAAAAACCGUGACCUAUACAUGAUGGAGACUGAGUACUGUCAUAACGGCACAAAUCUGCAAACAUGCAACAUAACGUACAGUUAUAAUGGUCCUAAUCGCCCUCUAGCGGCUGACGGUAUCUGGCCCAUGAUAGAAGAUCCUCAAAUAUGGAAAUAUAAAAUCAACAGUAAAGCUCAUAGAUAUUCUUUACAGUUUGAUUCAAUGUAUACAAAGCUAUUAAAAUGUUUUCAUGAACUAUUUAAUGGGCAUACAAAUAAGAUGCGAUUUUGUAUGAGUAUGAUGUAUAGUCUCUUGGUGCAAGGAGAAAAAUUGGUUAGAACACCUAUUGAGGAAGGCAUUGAUCCGAUGAUUGGACCCAACGCAGGACCUACAUUUACGUUCAUUGAUGAAUAUUAAUAUUUAAAAUUUUAUUUGUUAUGAUUUUUUGUUUUUUAUGUUCUCUUGGUUUUCACAAGUAUUAUUCAACGUAUAUGCCAGUAGAAUAGGCCACUUUGAUAAAAGCUCCAUUUCACACUCGAGUGGGUCAGAUUGUCCAUCUUCAGGGAUAGCACAAGCAGUAAUAUCUUGUGUACAAAAUGAUUGAUACCGCGAUAAUGUUUCUUUUCUUCAUCCAACUUACAGUCAAUUCAUGUGGAAAUUUUUCUGUUACCACUAGUUAAUAGAUCCAUCUGCAACAAGUUCAAAUUUAACAGUGAUGAGCAUGCAAAUAAACUAAACACCAUUCAAAUCGCGUUGCGCUGAAACAGCUAUAGUUUGUAAAAUAUGUAUGAGUUACCCAGUCAGCGGAGAAGUUUUUUGAGCGAGUCAAUGGAAAUCUAACGUUUAUUAUUCGAGAAGAGUAGUAAGUGAGAUUAGAUACUGACUCCAUCCAUCAUUCAAGAUAAAUAUUCAGAGGAAUCGAUUGGUGUCUAUCCCGGCUCUCCACAUACUAGAGGCCCACUCGAAGUUCUUCAUUAAUAAGAAAAAUUUAUUCGCAAUUUAUCUGGACCAGUGUGAUUACAGAAGAGUCAAGAAGUCUGUAAGAGUUAAAUGGAAAUGAUUGAAAAAAUAGACAUUGCUUCAGGCAAUGCGAGUAAAAUAAUUGUUUUCGUCAUUUUAUAAGACUGUGUUUGAGUUUUUAACAUAUAAACUUGCCCCAAACAAUUGCAGGGAAGAAAUUCAUGAACUUUCGAAGAAGUAGAUAUAUGUAUAAGAUUAAACUGUUUGCUCAUAGCCUAUUGCUACUUUUAUACUAUAGAAAAAGAGAAUUUCUCGUAAAGAAAUGGAAAAUCUACUUUUCGCUUGGUUGUAACGGAGUGAGAAAAAAAUGAUAAGUUUUGUCAUAUAGAUCGAUUUUUUUGAAAAUCAAUGCAAUACUUAUGACAGACUUACAUUCUGAAAAAAGCUACUACCCUACUUGUGUGCAGUAGCGUCUACAAGAUGUCUGACCAAAAGAUUUUAUCAAUCAAUUCCUCUAAAUCACCUCAGAAGCAACAAACAAAUAAUUUUUGAUGUCUUUUGCCGCUCAUCGAUUUUGGCAUUUGCAGAAUCAAGAGCUCAAGUAAAACGCCUCAUCGAUCGCUCACAAAAGUCAUCUAAAUUAAACUCGUAAACAUUUGGUCAAACUCUUCAGCAGCUGCCUAGUCAGUGUUAGUAUGAUAACCAGUUUACACAGAAUUUUUUUACUAACACAAUACUUUUGCAUCUAUACAGAGAUAUAUUUAUUAUUCUGUAAAUUUCUUGUAUUGAUAGAAAAAAUUAUUUAAAAGGGAAGCAGCCUAUUUAUUUGCCAUAAUUACACAAUGUCCUUGU